CAAAGCUGUGUCACCAUCGUGUAUACAUAAUUUGGCUUCUUGUGGUCAUUUGUUAUUACUUUUUUCUAAGUCGUUGGUAUUGAUUACAAAAAUGCAAGUUGAAUACCCAAUACAUUAUAUAACUGCAUAUUGUCCUUCGAAAAUGAAAUAUUGGAAAUCGAAAAACCCAAUUGCAUGAUCGAACCAAACGAAACCUUUUUUGAAUUUCCAGAUAGUUAACUUGUCUAUAAUCAGAAAAGCGAUAGUGAACUUGUAUUAGCUGUGGGGAGAACGCAGGUACCAUUGACCUGCGUGCCUAAACAGAGGCAUGAAGACCUCUUCUGUUUUUGUUCUUGGGCUAUACUUUUUUGUUCUCAUUGGUAAUGGAGUUGAGUUUGGGGCUUCCACUCCCAUUGCCACAGAUAUUAAUCCUACUGUGGAAGAAGUACAGCCCUACAGAACUGCCUACCACUUCCAACCCCCGAAGAACUGGAUGAAUGAUCCUAAUGGACCAAUGUAUUUCAAAGGAAUCUAUCAUUUUUUCUACCAGUACAACCCUUAUGGACCACAUUGGGCUAACAUAGUAUGGGCUCAUUCAGUAUCAUAUGAUCUCAUCAACUGGAUUCAUCUCGAUCAUGCUCUUAAUCCAACACAUCCUUUUGACAUCAAUGGUUGCUGGUCCGGUUCAACCACAAUCCUUCCAGGGGAGAUACCUGCCAUUCUAUACACCGGAAGCGACACUGAGAAUCGCGAAGUCCAAAACUUAGCCAGGCCCAAAAAUCUCUCCGAUCCAUUCCUAAUAGAAUGGGUAAAAUCAGCCCAUAAUCCUAUAAUGACUCCGGUUGAUGGCAUUCAUCCAAACUUCUUCAGGGACCCCACAACCGCAUGGCAAGGGCCUGACGAAAGAUGGCGGGUUAUUGUUGGAAGCCAGAUUAAUGGCCAUGGAACUGCAAUUCUAUACACUAGUGAAGAUUUCAUAAACUGGACUAGGAGUGAGAGUCCUCUUCAUUCGUCAAAUAGGACUGGGAUGUGGGAAUGUCCUGAUUUUUACCCGUCUAGUGCAAAGGGGGAAGCUGGUACUAAUUACGUGCUCAAGGCAAGUUUCAAUCAUCAGGAUCACUAUGUAAUGGGAAACUAUGAUCCUGAAACAGACAUAUAUGUGGUUGAAACAGAUUUCAUGGAUAGUGCUUUGCAGUUGAGGUAUGAUUAUGGGAAAUUCUUUGGUUCAAAGACGUUUCUUGAUAGUGAAAAAAAGAGGCGUGUAUUAUGGGCAUGGAUAGACGAGAUGGAUAGUGAAUUCGAUCGCUCUGUGAAGGGUUGGACUGGACUGCAGUCAUUUCCAAGAACUGUUUCCAUUGGUAAAAGUGGAAAGCAAUUAGCACAGUGGCCAAUUGAAGAAAUUGAGAAACUACGUUCAGAAGAAGUUAACAUUCAUGAUAUAGAGCUCAAGGGUGGCUCGGUGCUUGAAGUUGUGGACAUUACUGCUUCGCAGGCUGAUGUGGAGGUCUCAUUUGUGUUGCCAAAUUUUGAAGAGGUCGAAGUUAUUGAGCAAAAUUUGGUUGAUCCCCAACUGCUUUGUAGCAAAAACCAAGCAUCUGUGAAAGGCCUUGUCGGGCCAUUUGGUUUGCUGGUUUUGGCUUCAAAGGACUUGACAGAGCAAACUGCAAUCUUCUUUCGAAUAUUCAGAAGUCACAGCAAAUAUGUUGUUCUGAUGUGCAGUGAUCAGAGCAGGUCUUCUUUGAGAGAUGAGGUUGCGAAAACAACAUAUGGGGCUUUUGUAAAUGUAGAUCCUGUUAGUGAGACAAUUUCGCUCAGAAGCUUGAUAGAUCACUCCAUUGUUGAGAGCUUUGGAGGAGAAGGGGUCGCAUGCAUCACUGCUAGAGUUUACCCAAAGUUGGCUAUUGACAACGAAACUCACCUUUAUGCAUUUAACAAUGGAACUCAGAGUGUGAAGAUCUCAAAGCUUAGUGCUUGGAGUAUGAAGAAAGCUCAAUUCUUCUCGUACAGAAAAGAAGAAAGCCUCUUUUCAAAUUAUGAUGAACAACAAAGCAAAUUACUAUUUGGGAAUUAAUUAUUUGCUGUGAAAAGCAGCUGGAAAUGCAAAAUGGUGAAUUUGCCCACAUUGUGUCAAUUACAAAUUGUUGGCAGUUAGUUAAUCUUGCAUGUGAUUGUAGAUCCUUUGUGUGAGGGUUGAGGAGCAUAGGGGAAUUUGGAGGUAAAGAAGACGGGUCAUGGCCGGUGUAUAGUGUCGCCGGGGUAGUAAGUGGGGAGGCUGGGUGUUCGAUAAUGAAGUCUAGUUUGUGUGGUGAA